AUGGUCGAAAAACAUGUGGAAGAUAAAGAGAAAGGAGAGGAAUUAUCUCCUCUUAACGAGAAAGUUGAAAAAACAGAAAUCAAGAAACUUACUUUUCUACAAAAAUUAAAAGUUAUCAAAGCCAAAACCACAGUAGAACCAAUUAUGGCAUGUUAUAUAAUGCCAAGUGUGCUUGCAUCUUUGGCGACACAAAAUUUAAAUCUAGAAAAAGCUUGUCAUGUUAACCUUAAUUUUAGUGAUGAAAUUUGUUUUGCCUUAAAAAACAGACAAACGGAAAACUACACUAUAUAUGAAGACCAAGUGCAAACAUUAAUUGCGAGCGUACAGGCUUGGAAAAAUAUUAUCCAAACUGCUAUUCCCGUGUUCAUAAUAUUAUUUGUUGGUGCAUGGAGUGACAAAACUGGUAAAAGAAAAGCCUGUAUUUUGAUGCCAAUUGUGGGUGAAUUUAUUACGUGCAUCGGUUUCAUUAUCAAUACAUAUUUCUUCUAUGAAUUGCCAGUCGAGGUUGCUGCAUUGACAGAAUCAAUUUUUCCUGCUAUAACAGGGGGUUGGUUCACAAAUUUCAUAGGAGUCUUCAGUUACAUCGGUGAUAUAACUACAAAUGAGGAUAGGACUUAUAGAGUUGGAAUAGUUAAUUUAUGCAUGUCCCUUGGUUAUCCGAUCGGAAGUGCGUUGAGUGGAGUUUUGUUGACUUGGAUAGGUUAUUACGGAAUCUUCUCUUUAUCAGCUAGUCUUUACUUAUUUAGCCUGAUUUAUGGAUACUUUUUCCUGGAGGAUCCCAAGAAAGACACAGUAAAUGAGAAACCUUGGGGCUGUUUUAGCUUUAUAAGAGAAUUUUUCGAUGUUGCUCUGGUUAUAGAAACUUUUAAAGUGGCAUUUAAAAAAGGUCCCGGUAAUAGACGACUUCGUGUUUGUCUUCUGCUUCUAGUGGUAUUUGUGGUCUUUGGGCCAUCGCAAGGUGAAUUCAGUAUAUUAUAUCUCUUUGCGAGAUACAGAUUUAAUUGGGAUGAGGUCCAAUUUAGCCUUUGGUCGACGUACAGUAUAGUAACCAAUUUACUUGGAACGGCAUUCUCAAUAAGUUUGUUCAGCAAUUACAUGAAACUUGACGACACUUUGUUAGGCAUUAUAUCUAAUAUGAGCAAAAUAGUAGCAGCUUUCGCUUACGCCUUCGCAAGAACUGACUUUGAAAUAUACAUGGGUAAAGUAAAUUCAUUGUUUGGUCUCGCCGAAGCCAUGACUCCUCUUCUGUAUGGGCCACUAUAUUCAAGAGUAUAUGUUUCAACUCUAAAUAUCCUGCCAGGAGCGGUCUUCCUCCUUGGAGCUUUACUUACUGUUCCCUCCAUUAUUAUAUUUGGGUGGCUGUAUUUUGAACAUCAAAAGGACAAAGUUAGAAAUGCCGAAGAUCUAAAAUGUGUCGAAAGUGAAAAGUGUCCAGCUAGAUAA